UGUGACUAGUAGACCUCCGGACGUAUUCUUCUUAUCAGGGUUGGGGCUGUCUGUGUCUGCCUGAGCACAAAGGAGCACACCAGUCCCUAUUUUGUGCAAUCCUGGGCGACACCCUCCCAGCAAAAGUGGUGUUGAAGCCCCGCUGUGCCCAGCUUUGAGGGAUGAUCCCAACCAGGACACACGACAGAAGCGACAGGAUGAAAGAGGAGGUUGAAAUCGGAACUCGGUUCAUCUCUCGCUUGGUGAACCGUCACGAGAAGCUGGAGAAAAACCAAGUGGAGCGCUUCGGCGAGAACCUGACCAAGAUCCUGUGCGAGCGAUUUAAUGAGCAUUGGUAUCCAGAUAACCCCCUGAAAGGACAGGCGUACAGAUGCAUCCGGAUCAAUAGAAAGCAGCAGGUUGAUGAUUCCCUCCUAAAGGCCUGCACGGCCUGCGGUCUGGAUUAUUCAGAAUUAAAACUGCCCAGGGAAAUUUCCAUCUGGAUUGAUCCUGGUGAAGUUUGCUGCAGGCUUGGUGAGAACAACCAGUACUUCACGGUGAAGAAGGAGGAGAACACCAGUGGGAAAUCGACACCAGAGCCAGAGACCUCAGAUUAUCACUCAGAAUCUCCCUCCGAGAAUUCAGAAGAUGAGAGCCUGGCCAAGUUUUCUAAGACAAGAUAUCCAGACAAAAGUCGGCCGACUGGGAAACACAGUCCCACCACACAGCCUACCCAGUAUUACUACGUUCCAGCUCCUCUUUGGGUUCCUCAUAGUGUGGUCAGCUACAUCCCAGCCUACCAGCCUGUGUUCUACUACGUUGACGUCCCCCCAAAAUCCCCUGUGCCCAGAAAACCCAACCCAAAUCUCGUGAGACGCCUUACCAAACGGGCCUCCAAAAUCUGAAGAUGCAGGAGGCCGAGUGGACAUCUUGGUCCCUCACAACAUCUCAAGUCCUAUCUAGAGUUUGGCCUUAUUUUCACUGACAUUGGGAGCUUGGGGGAAGAAAACAACUGUUUUUUUUAUAUUCUCUUUCAGGUGGUUGCUAACUCUUGGCAAUUCCCCCUCCCCCCCGGGGGGGAACUACCAAGAGUUAUCCUCUUCACCUCGCCCCCCAGACCGAAAGAUAGGGGGUGGCACUGCCUUGUUUCUAUGGUGCCAAACAAGUGUAGCAUUAGCAUUGUAUAUUAUUUAGCACUUCAGCAUAGUAGGGAAUAAAACUGGAGACCUGGGUUUCUCCUACGUUGCACUCAGCAGGGGAGUGGGAUCUAAGAGUUAGAGCAGGACGCGGAGGGGAACGAGGAUGGGAAAAGGUUCGGAUGUGGAAACUGAAAGAACGAGAGGGGAAAGAAAAACCAGGUUGACAGGCUUCUGCGCCUAACCAACUUUGCUUAAGGUAUUACUGCUUCUGCCAAACCUGGCUAAUCAUGACUGAAUUACGUGGGUGUAUCCUGUGAUUUUUAAAAAAGGAUAACUUAAAAAACCAUUAUUUUUUUUUGCUGCUAUCAGCAGAGAAGGGGAUUCCCCUUUGUUUCAAUCAUUCAUUGACUAGGAAGGAGGCAAUGGCGAGCCACUUCCAAAAAACUUUGUGCCAAAAAAAGUUUGUGCUCGUCUCUUGAGAAUUGGACACGACUCCUUAGAAAAAGAAAAAGAAAGAGAUUAGGGAGAAAAAAAAAAGAUUAGUAAUGAUUUUUAGAGUCUAUUCUUAACCCCCAAUAAAAUCAUUUGUUUUAUCCAUGGUGGCAAGCAGAAAUGAAUUUAGCCUGUUAGGAUCCUGGCAUUGCCAAGUUUGAGAAUCCCCAGCUAAUCCUGUUUCUCUUAAGAAUGAAAUGUUUCUCUUAAGAAUGACUUAAAAGAUUGUAUUGUGAACACUUGUUAUGUAUUGCUCAGCUAUUAUCCACGCCUUCAGCUUUUGAACUCUUUAUUUCUACAUUUCCAAAUACUUUGUUUGCAAUUGAAGGGCUUGAAACUAAAGGGGGAAAAAAAGAGACCCAAUAUUUUGAAAAUAACCCUUUUUUAUACCUGAAAGCGAUUUCUGUCCUUGCAAAGAGUGAGCAAGUUAUAUACAAGGCUGCAGAAAUAAUACUUACCUACCUCAAGGGAUGAUGUUAUAAGGAGGGAUGAGUGGGAAUAGUUUAAUUAUUGCUAUUAUUAUUGUUAUUAUUAUUAUUUUAAAAUAUUUGUAGCUUCUCUGGAAGGACUUGUUGAUGGGCAAAGUAUUAUUAAUGAUGAUUAAUAUAUGUCUUGUAAAUAACAAUCAGGGACAAAUUUUUUUUUGUUUAAUUUAUAGAAGCAAUGAAAUUGUGUAAAUAAUAUAUUACACCUGCAAGCUUGUUUUUACGCACCAUUGAUACAAUGUAUUUUUUUGCUUUUUAUAAGAUGCUUUUUCUAUAAAACUUUUUAAAUGAAAUAUUAAAAACAAUAAAGGAUGAAUAAUAAAUGAUA